ACAUCAUUAUCAUUGUUGUUCUUUUAAUCUCUAAAGCCGGCCGUGGUGACCAACGCCAUGCAGCGUCCGGAAGAGUUUAGGAUCCCGCCCCAUUCGACCCCGUGUGAGUACGUGAAACCGGCUCUAGAAACAGGUAAUAUUUUAACCGAACCAAUUGGUUACAUAGAGUCAUGUUUCUCAGCUAAGAAUGGUACUCCGAGGCAGCCAACCAUUUGCAGUUUGUCACGUGCUUGUUUGAGGAUAAGAAAAAGUGUCUUUAACAAUCCUGAACAUUCUGUAAUGGGCUUAGAACAGUUUUCACAUGUUUGGGUUUUGUUUGUUUUUCAUAAAAAUGGUCAUUUGAGUUGUAAGGCGAAAGUGCAGCCUCCUCGGUUGAAUGGUACGAAGACUGGCAUCUUCUCCACAAGGAGUCCUCAUCGUCCUAAUGCCAUUGGACUUACUCUUGCCAAACUGGACAAAGUAGAAGGAGGAGCCAUAUACCUUUCUGGAAUUGACAUGAUAAAUGGUACACCUGUUCUGGACAUAAAACCAUACAUAGCUGACUAUGAUUCACCACAGGAUAUGAUUGAACCUUUGGAUGAGCUCAGUUUACAAGAAGGGGAACAGAAACAGAAAGACUUGCCUCACUCAAAUCAGAGUUCAAGUAGAGAUGGAGAACAGACUGACCUCCAUCAGCUGAAGGAAGGUAUAGACAAUAGGUUAAAUGCAAUGGAAGGAGAUGAAGCUACACAAGAAAACUGUUCAGGGAUUGGGCACCGUUCUGGCAGGGGUGUCAGGGCCUCUGGCAGUUGUGUUCCAUCCUGGGUGAAAGAUUCUCCUGUGACUCCUUUAGAAGUCCGGUUUACACCUCAUGCGGAAAUGGAUCUUGAACGCUUUAGUUCAGAAGAUGAUACAGAUGUCAAUAGAACUUCAUUUAAAUAUUUUCGAUCAGUGAAAGAGGCAAAGCGUGCCAUUACUGCUGUAUUAGCAGCUGAUCCCCGGUCUGUGUAUCGAAGGAAACAUUGCCAAGACCGUCUUUUCUACUUUUCCAUGGACACGGCACACAUUACUUGCUGGUUUGGUGAUGGGUUUGCAGAAGUGUUAAGGAUCAAGCCCACUGACACUGCUGAGAAUACAGUUUGGCAGUGUUCGUGACAAUCAGCUCCAUUUUAAGUAAUAACAGAACAGGUAAACCUGCCUUAGGAACUUCCUCCUGAUCAUCCUGUGGAAUGGCUCCGUGGGGAGGAAGCCUUUGGGCUUUCCUUCUUUUUCUUCCCCUUCAUUUGGCUCCUUCCUGGAUUUGCUCUCAUUCAGAUAUCAACCCUUUGUUUUUCACUUGAGUCUGGAAUAGUCCAGGGUAGAGUCAGGUGACGAUGGAUAGUAAUGGUAAGGAAGGAGGAGGAGGAGGAUAAGCCCCCGACAACUUCCCCCUCAGCUUCAACUACUGCCGUUGGCUCCCCUGGUUUCAGUAGUUAGCCCAUAGGCUGACUUCUCACCCAACCCACACACCUGUUCUUUGAAGAAAGCAAAGAUGGAACAUCUAUGGGAAGGAGCUUAUUCUACCCUGGCUGACGUCCUUUUUAUUUACUAAUAUACCAACAAACUUUUAUUAGUAGUAAACCACCCCCAAAAAACCCCAACCAAACAAAAAACCCUUAGAUAACAUUAAAACAUUUGUACUUGGGAGACUGCCUUCUGUUAAUUUAGUUAAUAAGCAUUUAUUAAGCACCAGGUACCAUGCCAGGCAUUAUGUACAAUGAUUUUGCAGUAUAUAAAGCAAGAAAUGCUGGUCAGAAGAAAUAGGUGGUGAGAGUGGAAAGGACAGUAAAUUUGGGGAAGAAAUGAAAAGCAUAGAGAGUGGGGAAUUAGCCUGACAGAAGACUGUCCCUGUAGGUAUGUAGCAGCAGGGACUCCUUAGUUGGUCUAUUCUAGAUACUUAGUCCCUGUUUUUUAUCUUCUGUCACUCGUCAGGUGGGGAGAAGGUCCCUGUCUCAGGUAUAGGGGCAAAGCUCUUCCUGUUGUCCAAAGAGACGUUGUUACAUAUGGCAGUUAGAUACUAAUAGUACUAUUUGUACAGUAUCAUAUGCCAGGUAUAUUAUUUGUUAAAUAUGCUCUUGUGCAUUUUUCUUAUAGUCCAUCCAUGGUUAUUGCAAACGAAGGAAGCACAUCUUACAGUUCUCACUGCUUUUGUUUCUUUUGUUCAAAAUGGUUG